AUGGAGUUGCUACGAAUCGCACACCAAGUCAUCACCGAACCUCUCCUAUGCCACCUUAACCUGCUCACUCCAGGAGGCGGUGAUCCGACGUACGGCCGCUCCGACAUCCCCUACUCGGCUGCUGAGCAUCGUCUCAUCUACUCGAAUCCCCAAGUGUCGGCCAUCCGACGCCGCGUUCUCAUCCCCGCACAUUCGCUGCUCGAAUCAGGCUCGUGGGACAAGGAGAAAUGGUCGUGGGUCACCUAUUACAUCUGGACGUGUCCUGCUGCGCUCGAAUCCGAACAGCUCCACAGCGACAUUGUCAUGGCGCACGGAAUCAACGAUUAUGCAGGCAAGCUGGCACCUCACGCGCUUCAUUUCAUGAAACGUGGCUUUCGAGUCAUCGCCAUCGAUUUACCUUCGUUCGGUCGAAGUACAGGGUUGCAUGGCUAUCUGCCGAGCAUGAAGAUCAAUGCCAGAGCGAUGCAUGCGGUGGUGAUGGAUGUGAGGACGUGGGAUGAGGAAAGCGGACUGUUGCAAAAAGCGGCGAGGGAGAGAAAGUUGUUCGCAGAGGGUCAUUCCAUGGGGGCUUUUACGGUCUUGUACUACGCAGCGUUGUAUCCGCCUUUGACAGCAGCAAAGGAUGGUGGACCCGAUCUGAGCCUCAAGCAGGUGCCUAGCGAGCAAGCCAAGACGAUCACCGACGAAGAGCUCGUCGAAGAAGCUCUCAACGCACACGAACGCACGCCUCUCGCACACCAUCGACCGGAACGCAGCAACGGAUCCAGCUUCGACUCGAGCGCCAUCAUUGGCACCAAACCCACCCCCUACAGGCCCAGCCUCUCGGGCGUAGCCGUCGCUGCACCCAUGAUCACCAUCUCGGCGCAAUCCCGACCCAGCAAAGCCAUCGAGUACAUCGCCCACAUCCUCCGCUUCUUCGCCGGUCGCUUACCGCUCGCUUCCGCCAUCAAGGGAAACGUCUCGGACGACCCGCGCGUCGAAGACGAAUUCAAUACCGAUCCCUUAACCUACAAAGGCAAAGUGAGAAUCUCGACCGGUCUAGCCAUACUAGAUGGCAUUGAUGAUCUUGCUGCAAAAGCGCACCUCAUCACGUGCCCACUGACAAUCCACCACGGAGCAAACGAUCGAGUCACUGAUCCGAACGGAAGCAAGCACUUCUUCGACAAGGUGGGCACGCCAAACGAGCACAAGUCGAUCAAAAUUUGGCCAGGCUACGAACACGUUAUGAUGAAAAACGUCCAGGGCAUGUCCGAGGAGGAUACGGAAAAGACAAGAGUCGUUCUGACUGAGAUCGGGGAUUGGCUCGUUGCGCAGGCGCGUAAGUAG